UAAAUUAACUUACUUUUUUAAAUUUGUAAUUUAGUGUUCUAAGAAAUAUUAAUAUAUCAGUUAAAGAUUUAUAUUUUUUAAUUCACGUAUGAGUGAAUAAUUUUUGAACGGUGAGUUCUAAUUUCGCCACUGCCAUUAAAGCAGUCUUCUUCAAUCUUCAGGCUGCGUGGGUAUCUCUGCUUCUCUACACACCAUGUACACAAUCAACAACGCUCUUAAUAAUACCCACUUCAUCAGAAAAAGCUUUCUCGUAAUUCUUAUUCUCUGAGUUUGUGAUUUCUUGUCAAGUUCUUUUUCCUCUUCUUUUAUCUUUAUACAGCCCAAUCUUUUGCUUCCUCUGCAAAUCGCUUCUCUUUAAAGGUCUAUUAUGUCUGAGGGUGUCGUUUGAUUUAUUAUUGACCUUUCGCUAUAGAAAGUGGCUCAAAGCCAUAUGCCGCGUGGAAGAUUUCCAGUAAUGGAUAUAAAAGGAGCUUCUGACGUUGAGAAUUUGAAAUCUGCAUCAGGAUUUCAGCAUGAAUUUUGGCCACUGGAUGAAGUUGAUCUAAGAAAAGCAAAGUUUCCAUGCUGUCUAGUUUGGACUCCACUCCCAGUUGUCUCAUGGUUGGCACCUUUCAUUGGGCAUGUUGGCAUUUGCAGGGAGGACGGAACUAUCUUAGACUUUUCUGGAUCCAGUUUUGUGAAUAUUGAUGAUUUUGCAUUUGGUGCAGUGGCUAGAUAUCUUCAACUUGAUAGAGAGCAGUGUUGCUUUCCUCCGAACUUAACUGGGCACACAUGCAAUCAUGGCUAUAUGCACACGGAGUAUGGGACUGCCAUGACAUGGGAUGAUGCUCUACAGUCGAGCAUGCGCUACUUCGAGCAUAAAACCUACAACCUGUUCACUUGCAACUCUCAUUCAUUUGUUGCCAACUGCCUGAAUAGACUUUGUUACCACAGAUCAAUGGAUUGGAACAUGGUAAGUGUGGCAGCACUGAUACUGUUUAAGGGGCAAUGGACUGGCUGGAAAUCAGUAAUCAGAUCAUUCCUUCCUUGCAUAGGGGUGCUCUGUCUAGGUAUUAUUUUAGUCGGCUGGCCCUUUUUAAUCGGGCUGUUGUCGUUCUCCUUUCUCCUUAUAGGGUGGUUUCUCUUGGGUAAUUACUGCAUGAAAUACCUGUUAGAAAUUUAGUAAUUGUUGAAACUCUGUUUUUGGGUAAAAGCUGAAACAGUGUAUUCUUUGCUCA